AUGCCAGGCACAGUGUGCCUGGUAUCCCGGCUGGACCACCCAACGUCUGGGGUGUUGCCCCUGCCCUUGGGCGGUGAAGGCUCCCAGCCAGCCUAUUGGCUUCAAGCGCAAUUUGCAGCAAGGCUGGUUCAGAAGGAGACUUGUCGUGGUGACCUCUUAGUGGGUAUUGCUGGGCGUGGUGCAACUCAUGAGUUUGUGACACUGAAGAUUGCUGCUGGCACCCCUGAGGAGUACCUCUGCCUUUGCGAGGGCAAAUCUUUGGGCGCUGUUGGCAGCUCGCGCACCAUCGACAGCCCGCUGCAGACAAUUGAAGUCAACGAAUUUGGCCGGCACUUCAGCAGAACAACAGUCUCGCACAACCAGGGAAGAGCUUCCUGUACCAAGCUUGAGGCCGGACUGACCUACACUAAUCUGACCAUGCUCGCUGCACGUGACGCUGUUGAAGUGUUGCUGAGUUUGUUGAGUGACUGGGAGAUUGACAUGGCUGGCUGUGACCAUUCGUCAAGCUUGCUGCAGGUUCUAGACAGGUUUGUCGUCCGUUCCGGCACAGAGAUCAUGCUUCUGUCGGCCAAGCCGCUUACAGGACGCACUCAUCAGAUUCGAGUGCACUUGGCAAGUGUCUCGCCAGCAGAUUUUUGCUUCAUGUUUGCCGCAAUCUUGGAUUUAGAUGCAUGUAUUCGGGUGUGUGCUUAG